AUGUGCGAACGCAUUCCACCGCAAGAUUUUCAUGGAGCUAGCGCUCAACAGUAUACGGAAAAAUGUGUUGAUGAUCUUGUCAAUGGAAAACAAUUUAAGGCGUACGUACGACAUGUUGAAUAUAGCGAACGCUUGUAUUUGACUUGGUUUGUUGUCCUUUUUGGUCUAAUCGCCGCGGUAUGUCAUCAUCUAUACUUUUUCGACCCCAACUACCUUCUAAACCCCCUGGAUACAGCUUCCUUGAAGCAGAUGGAGGACCAAGCGUCCCUUGUUCCCACAUUACCGUAUGUGGCACUCUUUGCGUCCCUUUACCUGUUUCCAUGUGCGAUAAUCGCCCCCUUUGUUGGAUUUUUUGAACUGCCGACCGCGUUCAGCAGCGUUAUUUCCUACGUUAUCCUGACCGCGUUGAACUGCGCGGUGGUCCUGUUCGGUGGCGCGUGGUGCCAUCACCCUCCUUUUUUGAAUACGGAACCGGCGCUGUCGUGGCGUAUAUCCCUCUCACGCGACGGAGCAUGGAUGGAGAUCCUCCGCUAUCUCUUCAUACGGGCCGCGCCGCUUCAGGGCUUCCUAACCGCAGGUUUUUUGGUUGCGCGUUGGCGGCGAACGUUUUGGGCUCGUCUAUGGCAUAUCCCUUUCCCUUUGAUCUCCGUCCCCCUUCUGGUAGGCAUCUUUGGAGCACUAUGCUGGCAAUUCACAGUGCUAUUGCAAUCAUAUCUUUUAGACGUUAGGGGUGAACCAACGGAUGUGAGCGUGUACCUCUGGGGCUCAGCAAUCUCCGAUCCACAGGGAGUGAUUUCUCUCAGUGUUGAUAUCGUAAAAGAAGUGAUGAACACUAUGGUAGGAGACUUGCAAAAGAACAUACUUGCCCGUGAACUUCCACCAAGUUUGCGUAACUCGAUCUUAUAUUUGAACUUGUACCUAGCCUCCCUUUUGAUGACGUUGCUGUAUUUUGUUGCUAUGCUGGUGAAACCUAUGCUUGCUCGCAUGUUGAACGGCGUUUUGUUUUUCUUUCCCACUCAUCCCACAACAUGGGGAAUUACACUACUUUCCUCUUUUGCGUUUCUUGCGGUUCUUCUGAAUAUGGAUGAGGUUCCCAUUUUUUAUGUUGUAGGUAUUGCUCACGUUAUCGCUGGACUUUUUUACAAUGGUUUUGUAGCUUAA